GCGGCGGCGGGGGAGGCGGCGGAGGUUCUCUCAGUACUGCGACUUCAGAGCGGCCUUGGGAAGAGGCGCGUCGUGGUGGGGCGGGCCUGAGGAAACGCGCCGGGGUCCGGUGGCCCUAUCAGUGCCUCCUGGCCGUCCCCGCCCCUUCCCCACCAUCUCAGAGACCGCGUAGGAUGCAGACCUCAGAGCGAGAGGGGUGUGGGCCCGAGGUGAGCCCCAGCAUGGUCCCCGAGGCUCCCCUGGAGUCUCCAACUGCUCCUGCCAAGUCCCCGGCGUUUGAUCUUUUCAACUUGGUUCUUUCCUACAAGAGGCUGGAGAUCUACCUGGAACCUCUGAAGGAUGCAGGUGAUGGUGUCCGGUAUUUGCUCAGGUGGCAGACACCAUUGUGUUCCUUGCUGACCUGCCUGGGCCUCAACAUCUUGUUCCUCACUUUGAAUGAGGGUGCAUGGUACUCAGUGGGUGCCCUGAUGAUUUCAGUGCCUGCCCUGCUGGGCUACCUUCAGGAGGUCUGCCGGGCACGGCUGCCCGAGUCUGAGCUGAUGCGGAGGAAGUAUCAUAGCGUGAGGCAGGAGGACCUGCAGAGAGUUCGCCUGUCUCGCCCUGAGGCCGUAGCUGAGGUGAAGAGCUUCUUGAUCCAGCUGGAGGCCUUCCUGAGCCGCCUGUGCUGCACUUGUGAAGCCGCCUACCGCGUGCUGCACUGGGAGAACCCCACCGUGUCCUCAAAGUUCUAUGGGGCUCUUCUGGGCACGGUUUGCAUGCUGUAUCUGCUGCCGUUGUGCUGGGUCCUUGCCCUUUUAAACAGCACACUCUUUCUGGGAAAUGUGGAGUUCUUCCGAGUGGUGUCUGAGUAUAGGGCAUCUCUGCAGCGGCGGAUGAACCCCAAGCAGGAAGAGAGUGCCUUUGAGAGCCCGCCACCGUCGGAUGCCUGGGGGAAGGGCGCUCUGCUGGACUGCACACCUGCACCUGCGCCCACACCCACAGAGGACCUCACGCCAGGCAGUGUGGAGGAGGCUGAGGAGGCCGAGCCUGACGAGGAGUUUAAAGAUGCAAUUGAGGAGACCCACUUGGUGGUGCUGGAGGAUGAUGAGGGGGCCCCGUGCCCGGCAGAGGAUGAGCUGGUCCUGCAGGACAACGGGUUCCUGAGCAAGAACGAGGUGCUGCGCAACAAGGUGUCGAGGCUCACAGAGCGGCUCCGCAAGCGGUACCCGACCAACAACUUCGGGAGCUGUACGGGCUGCUCGGCCACCUUCUCAGUGCUGAAGAAGAGGCGGAACUGCAGUAACUGUGGAAACAGCUUCUGCUCUCGGUGCUGCUCCUUCAAGGUACCCAGGUCCUCCAUGGGGGCCACAGCCCCUGAAGCCCAGAGAGAGACUGUGUUUGUGUGUGCCUCGUGUAACCAGACUUUGAGCAAGUGAGAAGAGGGCCCAGGGUCCAAGCGGCGCCUGUCCCUGGGGCCAGCAGUAGACCCCGCUCUCCCCACCCUUAGCCCCAUGUGGCAUGUGCUGGGCAAAUGUGGCCUGAAUGCUAGGUAGGCUUCCCCUUCCUGCCCUCGCUGACUCCAGCCGGGUUCUGGAGCUGUUCUCCACUCCUGCGGAUGGCCAGUAGUGGUUGCUCUCAAACAAGGACUGGAGUGUUUGCCCUGCUCUGCUCUGGGCUGUUAGUGGACUCAGGGUUGGGCAGGAAAUAUAAGUUAGAGGGCAGCAGUGAGCCAGGCCUGGUCUCACCUGGGAUCAGGGUGUCCCUGCAGGCCUGGGAAUUCUAGAAGACUGGAGGUCAGAGAUUGGGAAAAGAGAUUCUUCCCCUGCUGGGUAUUGGGCCAAGCCCUUGCCCUUUGAGAGCCCGCAGAAGGGCUUGCACGUGUCCCAAUUCUGUUCGAAUGUUCCUUCAGGCAUCAGGACCUCAUCAUGUCCCCACCAGAGGGUGUGGCGAGGGCUAUCAAGACCAAAAGUACUUCUAGAAACAGGGUUGAAGUUCCCAGGUUCCCCCAGAGGAGGACGUGUCUAGGAGGGCCUGGCAGAAUCCUUCAGUGUUAAGCAGAGCAAAACGGGCAUCCCAGCAGCUCAGAGGGCCUCAGCCCCACCUUGCAGCGACCUUAACUUACAGAAUCUCAGCCCACAUGUUAUUCUGGUGUUUUCAGCUCUGCCGGGUAGAUGCUGGGCACUCAGAUCACUCCUGCUUCCCGUGUUCAGAGCCUUGGGCACCCCUUCUCUGGCCUAGAGCUACAGUUCCCCUCCCUGGCCCCUUGUCCCAUGGAGUGUGAGACCAGGAAGCAGAGCAGAGGUCCUGAAGCCCUCAACCUUUGGGGGCCUGAGAAGUGUAGGAUCUCGCUGGGCUGGGUCUCAGAUUCCAGGGCUGUUUCCAGCAGGACAGCAGUUAUGGGAUAAGGCCACUUGGGGGUCCCUAUCCCCUCCAACACGUUUCACGUUCACUCUGGGCUCUUAGGGGCACAGUGUCUCUCCCUAAGCCAUGAGCAGGCUCAGGCACCCCUUCCUUCCCCAGGAGCUUCCCUGCCUUUUUGAAGUAUUUAUUUAUUUAUUGCAUGGUUCCCGGGAACAUGUGGCACAAGGAAUGGGAUAAAGAGGAUGGGGGCUUCUCCUACCCUAGGAUGCUUCCCUGAACUCAUGGGCUGCCUGGGACUCAGAACCCUGGGAGGUGGAGACGUUUCUAUACCCUAAACAGGGACACAAGGUGGCAGGUUGGGGAGACGAGGAUCAUCCUAGGCCAGCUUUGUCUCCAGGCCAACCAGUCUAGGAGCUAGGGGACUUCUCCAGGCCAAGUGGGGCAAGUCCCUGGGGAACCAGGCAGGCCUUGGUAGACCCCCUUCCUUGGGCUCCUUUGUCCUGUGGAGAUAUGGGAGUUAAGUGCUUGUGCUUUAUUUACACUGGAGAGGAACUAAAAGGAUGUCUGUGUAUAUGGAGAAUUGUCAAUAAAAAGGCCUCAAGCUUCC